UUUAAAAAUCGUAAUGUAAUUCUAAAAACAUGUUAUUAUUUAUGAAAAUGUGAUAUUUAAUUUGAUAUUAUGAGCUUAGUCUGUUGGAUCUGUAUGUAUAAAUUCAUUUAUUCAUGUACAGAAGUAUUAAUUUAAUGGGGCACCGGCUUAGCAGCUCAAAAUGUCUCACAGUUUGUUUGGGACUAACAUUUAUUAUGGGCUGCUUUUUAGCCUCGUUACCAAUACAAAGCGAACAAGCACUCCAAAAGUCAAUACACUACGAAAUUCCAUCACAAAAAUAUACGAAAAAGAAAUUAGCACUAAUCGUACCGUUCAGGGAUCGUUUCGAAGAGCUGUUAGAAUUUGUACCACAUAUGUACAAAUUUCUCAACAAACAACAAAUACCGUUCCACAUAUUUGUCAUACAACAAAAAGAUAACAACCGUUUUAAUAGAGCUUCACUUAUAAAUGUUGGAUUUUUAUAUACAAGAGAUAAAUAUGACUAUAUUGGUAUGCACGAUGUUGAUCUUUUACCUUUAAAUGAUAAUUUAAAAUAUGAUUAUCCGUUAUCCGGUCCAUUGCAUAUAUCAUCACCACAAACUCAUCCUAAGUACCACUAUGACACUUUUAUCGGUGGUAUUUUGUUAAUAAAAAAGGAGCAUUACGAAAUGGUGAACGGUAUGUCAAAUAAUUAUUGGGGAUGGGGUUUGGAGGAUGAUGAGUUCUACGUAAGACUGAAGGAUGCAGGAUUAACAGUUAUUAGACAUGAAAAUAUUGAUACUGGCACGGAAAAUACUUUCAAACACAUACACGAUAAGACAUACAGAAAGCGAGAUAUGAGGAAGUGCUUUAAUCAAAGAGAGGUAACACGACGUAGGGACAGAGUGACAGGUUUGCAUAGCGUCGACUAUGACAUUGACAAGAUUCAUAAUGUGACCAUAGAUUCGUUACCUAUCACCGUUGUGAAUGUACGACUUAUAUGCAAUAAAACAUUAACUCCAUGGUGCCAGUGUAAUGAACCAGUUAAAACGAAGAAAAGCUAGUCAAUAAUAUCAGAGAUUUACGAACUUUUAUCACGUAGAUACCCUUCUUUGUGCAACAUUUCUUCUUCAAAUUGUGAACCCUCCAAUUCCCACCUUCGUACACCACAGAUGGGGACUUCAGAGAAUCCCUUUUGGGACUCAGAAGACAGGGGUAAAGUGGAAGCAAUUUGCGUUUCGUUUGACGAGAGUGCGUGCCGGAGACUUAAUUUUAGUCCCCUUUCUCUUCCCACCCUUUUCUUAUAAGGAAAAUAUGGGAUAGGGAAGUGGAUUUGACGGUGGAGGCACAUAGGGAGGGGAUAUAUAAUUUUUGUGUUCCCCUCCUCUGUCGAUUAAAGACAAGUAACGCAUGUGCAAUUGCGAAUAUCUAUGGGCAUCUUCGCUAUUUAGGCUAAUUCAUUGCUCGUUUGAUUUUUUUAUAUCAAAUGGUGGCAAACUAGCUAACGACCGCCUGAAUUCGCCAAAGUAGCGAAAUACAUCUGCCCAUAGACAUUGCAAAUGCAGAUGCGUUGCCUACGUUUCAUCAACGGA